AUGAUGGCAUUUGCACCUCCAAAAAGCAUUGAUGGUUCCAAAAUGCAGACAAAGAUGAGCACCUGGACACCCCUAAACCACCGACUUCUGAAUGACCAGGUGUUUGAAGAACGAAGAGCUCUGCUUGGAAAAUGGUUUGACAAAUGGACAGACUCUCAGAGGAGAAGAAUUCUUACAGGCCUGCUAGAGCGCUGCUCCCUGUCCCAGCAGAAGUUCUGUUGUCGAAAGCUGCAGGAAAAAAUCCCAGCAGAGGCUCUGGAUUUUACCACCAAGCUUCCAAGGGUGUUAUCUGUCUAUAUCUUUUCCUUCUUGGAUCCCCGGAGCCUUUGCCGUUGUGCACAGGUGAGCUGGUACUGGAAGAGCUUGGCUGAGUUGGACCAGCUCUGGAUGCUCAAGUGCCUGCGCUUUAACUGGUACAUCAGCUUCUCCCCAACACCCUUUGAGCAGGGCGUCUGGAAAAAGCACUACAUUCAAAUGGUGAAAGAACUUCACAUCACCAAACCCAAGACGCCUCCAAAGGAUGGAUUCAUAGUUGCCGAUGUUCAGCCCAUUCCUGGCAGCUCUCAAGAGGAAAAGCAGUCCCCUUCAUUAGCUUUGCGGUCUUCCUCCUCUUUAAGAAAGAAGAAUAACCCAGGGGAGAAAGAGCUUCCACCGUGGAGGUCGUCAGAUAAGCAUCCCACUGAUAUCAUCCGUUUUAAUUAUCUAGACAACUGUGACCCUGAACACUUCUGGCCAGGAGGAAGAAAGAGAAAGGAAGUGACCCCAGACAUCAAGCGGCAGUUGAGAGAUAAGAAAAACAAACUUGAGGACAGAGCCAGGCUCAGGAAAGCACAGUCACUGAUGUCCCUGAGCUCCCAUCCAAAAGUUCCAGUUCGUCUUGCCUGGCCUCUUCAUCUGCCGGUGGGACCCUCAGAUCCUGAAGCAGUAACUAGAAUUCUCAUGGAGCACUUCCCAAACCACCCUGGGCUUCGGUCACCCCCCUCAGAGGCUCCAGAGUCAACACAGACUUAA